AUGGAAGAGGAGGGAGAGGAAGCGAUGAGGCGGGACGGUGGCGGGGUUGAGGUUUUGACGUUCGAUUAUUCUGUGGAGAAUCACUUCAAUGCAAUCGACACAAUUUCCGAGCUCUGUGGCGAGCCCGGCGCCGGUGUGCCUCUCGACGAAGCGGAAAUUCAGCGUUUGUCGCCGUCGAUCACAUUCCUAAAAGAAUGGCGGAAUUACACUUAUCCUCCGAGGGAUUUUAGGUUUUCCUCUGAAGCAGAAAGUGCGCCUGGCGAGGAAGGCGUUGCAUUUGACUUAAAUUUGCCUCAGUUUUCCUCCGCCGCUGUUGCCGAGUGCAGCAAUGACUUCGUGAUGUAUGUCGGGGGACCUGUUUGGUCAUUGGAUUGGUGUCCUCGAAGUCAUGAAGGACCUGACACUAAGGUUAAAUCUGAGUUUGUUGCUAUUGCUGCCCAUCCUCCUGGCUCCAGCUAUCACAAGAUAGGAGCUCCUCUUGUUGGCAGAGGCAUCAUUCAGAUCUGGUCCGUUCUCAAUGUCCAUCAGAAUAAAGAGGAGGAGCCUUCGGGUAUCAAACAGCCAAAUUGGACAACCCAGUUGGUGAAAUCAAUUGAACCAAAGAGGCCACGAGGAAGACCUAGGAAGAAGCCAGUGGAUGAUUGCACUGAAGCUAAGAAGCCAAAAGGAAGACCCAGAAAGAAGUCAACUAAUGAACCAGUGAACAUGAUAACUGAUGGUUUGAAUUGUGAUGACCAAAAUGCUUUAGCUCUCGUUGUUGAAGAUCCUAACAGUUCAUGUCAACAAGGAAGACCUCGGAAGAAGCGGGUGGAUGAAUCCGCUCAAGUCAAGAAGCCAAAAGGAAGAUCCAGAGAGAAGCUAAUUGAUGAACCAAUGAACAGGCUAACUGACGAUUUAAAUUUGGACGACCAGGAUGUUCAACCUCUUUCUGUUGCAUAUCCUAGCAUUUCACGUCAACGAGGAAGAUCUAGGAAAAAGCACGAGGAUGAUUGUACUGAUGUCAAGAAGCCAAAAAUAAGACCCAGGUCCAGAAAGAAGUCGAUUGAUGAACCAGUAAACAAGCAAACUGGUGAAUUAAAAUUAGAUGACCAAGAUGUUGAACUUCUUGUUAUUGAAUAUCCGAGCAGUUCAAGUCAAUUGCUUGUUAAAGGAAAAGAUUCAGCAGAUACACAAGGGCAGAGGCCACAGAAGCAAGAGGUUAGGAGAAGAAAAACACUUAACAGGGCAGAACCUGCAUGCACUCCAAAAGAUGGUUCAAAGAGUAGAUUGUUGAAGCUGAAGAAAAUUGCAUGGAGCAAGUCUGAUGAUUCUGUAUGCCCAUCAUUAUUUAGUCAAAACGGCGAGUCUUCCACUCCAAAUCACCAAAUGAAUGAGGCCGAACACACUUGCACGUCAAAUGAUGGUUUGCAGUCUGGAGGAUUGAAACGUAAGAGAAGUACAGCGAGUAAGUCUGAUGAUUCUGUAGGCCUAUUAGCAAUUAGUCAAAACUGCAAGCCUUCUGCCCAGAAUCACCAAAUAAAUGAGAAGUCCAGGCAGGAUGUUGUGGCUUUUGAUUUUGUGCCAGAUCAUGUCACCUCAGACAUCAGUCACCCUACACGUUCUAUUCCGAAAGACGUAGCUUUACCACGAGUUAUGCUGUGCCUAGCUCACAAUGGAAAAGUUGCUUGGGAUGUGAAAUGGAAACCUUGUACUGCAUCCAGUGCUAAUUGCCUGCAUCGUAUGGGCUUUCUGGCUGUGUUGCUAGGAAAUGGGUCUCUAGAAGUAUGGGAUGUCCCUCUUCCUCAUAUUAUCAAAACGAUUUAUUCUGUUUCCCAUGGGGAAGGCUGUGAUCCCCGUUUUGUUAAGUUGGAGCCCAUAUUCAGAUGUUCGGUUCCGCAAAGUGGACAUGCAAAGAGCAUCCCUCUGACAGUAGAAUGGUCAUAUUCGCGACCCCAUGAUUACAUACUUGCUGGGUGCCAUGAUGGAACGGUUGCUUUGUGGAAAUUCUCGACGAGUGGAUCAUCUGGAGAUACAAGGCCUCUGCUCUGUUUCAGUGCUGAAACCGGCCCUAUUCGAGCCAUCUCAUGGGCACCAGCUGAAAGUGGUGAAGCUAGUGAACAUGUAAUACUGACAGCUGGACAUAAAGGCUUAAAGUUUUGGGAUUUGCGUGAUCCAUUCCGACCUCUCUGGGAGUUCCGACCAGCACCAAGUUUCAUAUACAGUGUGGACUGGGUCGCACAUCCAAGUUGUGUAUUGUUAUCCUUUGCGGAUGGAAGAAUCAGACUUCUUAGUUUGGUGAAGGCUGCUUAUGAUGCCCCUGUCCAUGGAAAGCCGUCUGUGGGACCACUACAACAAGGAAUGCACAUUUUUGAGUGUUCAGCCUUUGCCAUCUGGAGCGUUCAGGUGUCUAGACUAACAGGGAUGGUAGCAUAUUGCUCCGAGGAUGGUAUCGUUAGCCGCUUCCAGCUUACGAGUAAAGCAGUGGAGAAAGAUCCAUCAAGAAACCGAGUCCCUCAUUUCGUAUGUGGGACGCUGAGUGAGGAUGCAUCUGGUCUAUUGGUCAACACCCCAUUACUGAAUACCCUAACUUCCAAGAAACCACCGAGGGUUACGGGCAACCCUCGGUACCUGCAUGGGUUAUUAACUUCCUUGACCAAGGCCGAGAAGGAGAAAGACCCACCAUCGUCUAACAGUGAUAAUAACAAUAAAGAGCUAGCUUUAUUCUCGAGCGAUAAUGUUCCAAACGAGAAGUCUGGACCUGAAGAACCUUUGAGUGAAUUGAGAAAGGGGAAGAAGAAAAGCUCCAACACAGGAAAGACACAGAAUGGGAAAUGCCUAGAGGAGCAAGACACACCGGCGGAGGAAGAGACCGUAGAGGCAGAAGAAGAGAACAAUACUGGACGUUUGCCGUCUAAACUUGUUGCCAUGCACAGGGUCAGAUGGAAUAUGAACAGAGGUAGCGAGAGAUGGUUGUGUUCGGGAGGAGCAGCAGGCAUCGUCAGGUGCCAAGAGAUUGUGUUGUCUGAUAUUGACAUGCUUGUGGCUAAGAAACGAUAG